AUCGCUCAUAAAGGUGAUUCAGAAAGACUUUAGGCGGACAGAAUUUUGUAACGAAAUGUCUAGUUUUCUUCCUUCAAUUGAUACCGUCGGCAAAAGUUCUCUCGUCGCCGCGAAGAGGAUUUACUCGGCCGUUGAUUGCUUGGAAGGAGCUACGAGCAAUGGUCGCGGAGGGAAAAAGAAGAAUAGAAGGAAUCGGGCGCGUUCAAUGGAUGAUCAUACGCCUCACCAGAAAUCUGAAAGAAAAAAAGAAUACUCUCAGGAGUUGAGGAUGCGGAAGGAUAAAGCCCGAAUUGCGCGUGAAGAAAGUCUGGUAGAGCGAGAAAACAUGAAGGUUCUUAAAGAGAGGGGACUCCGCGAGAAGAAAAGACUGAAUCAGUUAUUUUCAGUUUACGCUGUACAGCACGGAUCCGCGUAUAGAGAAAGUGCAAAAGUCGUCAAACCGAAAUUUCCAGUUUUGUUAAAAAGUACAAAGAGUACAAAAACCACUGCGAUGUCGCGCGAGAAAAUUUCGCUUCCGCACAGCCCGCUUCCGAAUUUGCCCUCUGACAGCAGAGAAGGUUCCCAGGAAUAGUUUCUUACCAGGAAGAAAUAUCUCAAUUUCGGCUGGAAUCUGUCAAGAUUUUGUACUAUUUAGGGGAGUAUUUGGCAAUAUAUAGAAUGGAGA